AGUUUGAAUUCAGGUCAUGCUGCGAGCUCGAGAGAUCCAGGGCAGCGGUGUGAGGGAGCAUUCUGUGCUGAAGUGUGUCAAACUGACUCCGCGGCUCGACUGGAAUUUUAGGAAUAUAUUUUACUAAGCCGGACUUUUGGCCGGACAGGACGGGGACCUUCUUUGAGACGUGCUUCUUGUACGAAAAGCAAGACUGUUUAAGUUGUCAGAAAUACAAAUGUUGUCUACAUUCCUUCUAUGCUCCCCAUCAUGAAUAUGAUCUGAUCUGCUGGCUCCUUGCUUCACUUCUUCAAAACUAUUCCAAUGUCUGAGGACUCAGAAUCCAAACCGUACCUGUUCUCCUCCCUGGAGGGGCAGAAUGAAGCAGCCGGAUGCAGUUCAAUGUCGACAAUGCAUCGUAUGGCCAGUUUCACAGAGGGGGCCAAACUUGACCUUGCAUCUGAAGGUAGCGACAGCAGCCAAGACACUCCCACCUCACCCCACAACAAACGAAAGAUGGCACAUUCCCUCCAUGAGGAUGUGGAGAUGAAGAGCAGUGGAUCCAGCGGGAGUGGAACAGAGUCUCAUGGCAAUGAGUCUCAUGGUAAUGAUUCCCAUGGAAAUGAGUCCCAUGGCAAUGAGUCUUCUGGGAGUUCCAAUAGCCGAAGCAAGGAUUCGGCGCUAUUAGAGUCAUCGGGGAGUAACAAAAGCUCCAACUCUCAUAGUCCUUCACCACCCAGCAGCACGAACGCCUUCAGCCUUCUGAGUGCCAGUUCAGAGCAGGACAACCCAUCUACCAGCGGCUGCAGUAGCGAAGAAUCCGCCAAGGCAAAGACACAGAAAGAAUUGCUUAAAACUUUGAAAGAGCUGAAGCGUCAUUUGCCGCCAGAAAAGAGGAACAAGGGCAGCAAGUCGACGACGCUCAACACUCUAAAAUAUGCCCUGCGCUGCGUCAGACAGGUGGAGGUAAAUGAAGAAUACUACCAGCUGCUUAUGAUAAAUGAUAGUCAGCCAUCAGGGUUUGACGUAUCAUCAUAUACUAUAGAGGAGAUAGACAGCAUCACCUCUGAAUACACCCUCAAAAACACAGAUAUCUUUGCAGUGGCAGUGUCACUCAUCACUGGAAAGAUUGUCUAUAUUUCAGACCAGGCCGCCUCCAUCUUGAACUGCAAACAGGAUGUGUUCAAGAAUGCUAAGUUUGUGGAGUUUCUAACACCGCAGGACGUUAGCGUGUUUUAUAGCUUCACCACACCUUACAGGCUGCCGUCUUGGAGCAUGUGCACUGGCGCAGAGUCAUCACCUUCAGACUGCAUGCAGGAGAAAUCCUUCUUCUGUCGCAUUAGCGGUGGUAAAGAGUGUGAGGCAGAUCUGCAGUACUAUCCCUUCAGAAUGACUCCUUAUUUGAUGAAGGUUCAGGAUAUGGAGCACUCUGAAGAUCAGUUCUGCUGCCUCCUGCUGGCCGAGAGAGUGCACUCCGGCUACGAAGCUCCAAGGAUCCCCACAGACAAACGAAUCUUCACCACAUCACACACUCCCAGCUGUGUGUUUCAGGAUGUGGAUGAGAGAGCCGUUCCAUUACUAGGAUACCUGCCUCAGGAUUUGAUUGGCACACCUGUCCUGCUGCACCUACAUCCCAGUGAUCGACCAGUCAUGCUUGGCAUCCACAGGAAGAUCCUCCAGUAUGCCGGCCAGCCAUUUGAACACUCAAUCCGCUUCUGUGCUCGUAAUGGAGAGUACAUCACCAUAGACACCAGCUGGUCCAGCUUUGUCAAUCCCUGGAGCCGCAAAGUUUCCUUCGUCAUUGGUAGACACAAAGUUCGCAUGGGUCCAGUGAAUGAAGAUGUGUUUGCAGCUCCGGCCGUGGCUGAGGGCAAAUCCUUAGAUUCAGACAUCCAGGAAAUCACUGAGCAAAUUCACAGACUCCUGCUGCAGCCGGUCCACAACAACGGUUCGAGCGGCUAUGGGAGUCUGGGCAGUAAUGAUCAUCUGCUGAAUGUGGCAUCGUCUAGUGAAAGUAACAGUAAUGGAACGCGCCUGCGACAAGAGGAAGAGGAUGCCAGGAAAGCCAAACCGAGGAGCUUUCAGGAGAUCUGCAAAGGAGUUCACAUGCAGAAAAACCAGGAGCAGCAGUCCAAGAAGAGCCCUACUAAGUUUCUACAGAAAAGUCCAGUGGUUCGACCCAAAGAUUCUGCGUAUCCUGUGAACUGGAGAGAGUCUCCUGUGGAGCCGCGUGCAGGCCUUCAGGAGGAGCUGGCCUUCAAAGAUCAGACCGUCUACUCCUAUCAGCAGAUUAGUUGCCUGGACAGCGUAAUCAGGUAUUUGGAAAGCUGGAACGUUCCCAUCACAGUGAAGAGAAAGUGCCAGUCCUCCUCAAACACAACAUCCUCAAACUCAGACGAAGACAAGCAGAGAGUGUCUGAAGAGGCAGGCCAUCUGAAGAACCAGCCAGGUCUCUCAUCAUUAGGAGAGUCUAAGAAGCCUCCAGGCUCUGGUGUAGUGAGUCCAUCUCUGACACCACUCGCGCUGCCCAGUAAACCUGAAAGUGUGAUGUCCAUCACCAGCCAGUGCAGCUACAGCAGCACCAUUGUACACGUAGGAGACAAGAAAGAGAUCAUUGAAGACAUCCCUGGCACUGAAGGCAUUGAAGGUCAGGGUCUCGCUGUUCCUCUGGCCACGGUCUCACCGCACAAUCAGGAGCGAGAGGCUUACAAGAAACUGGGCCUGACCAAGCAUGUUCUGGCAGCACACACUCAGAAAGAAGAGCAGGCGUUCCUCAGCCGCCUCCGAGAGCUGCGAGGUGUGCACGCUUUUAAUGCCGACUGCUCCCUCUAUCUGGAGAGACAGAAAGGAGUUACAUCUGAGGCUGUUCCCGCUGCUCGUUCGUCUAAGCAGGGUGGUGGUGGUGCACCUGAGACCAGUGGAACCCGCCGGGGUCGCAACAAGAAAACCAAGACCAAACGAAUUAAGCCGAACGAGUCAUCUGACAGCACACCUUCAGGACGUAGACCACCACUCAAACCUCAGCUGCAGGGCCUCAACCAGACCUCCUGGUCUCCCUCAGACACAUCCCAAUCUACAUUCCCCAUCGCUUAUCCGGCUGUGAUGCCCGGGUACCCGCUGCAGAUGUACCCGGGAGCCGGCGGCGUGCAGCCCAGGGUAGAUGCUCCACUGUCAGGCUUUGGGGAGAGUCAGUGCAGCCAGGAUCCACGCAUCCCGAUGCAGCCUAUCCAAACGCCAUUCUCAGCUCCUCUGGUCACGCCCAUGGUGGCUCUGGUACUGCCCAACUAUAUGUUCCCACAGAUCGGCGGUGCUCCACGGCAGCCAUUCUACCCCAAGCAGGGAACUUUCCCCUCACAGCCUACCUUUCCACCUCAGCCUAGUUUUGCUGCACAGACACCGUUCCCUCAACAGUCCACAUUCACCAUACAGACCCAGUUCGCCCCCCAGAACCCCUUUACUCCACAGACACCAUUUCCAUUCGCGUGUCCCGAGGAACCGCCAAAACCACCUGAGCUGAGGGAGGAGCCUUCACGAAGCCCCACCCCUCAGUCUGUGGGUGGAGGCGGGCCGCCGUCCCCGCCUUUGUUCCAGUCACGCUGCAGCUCGCCUUUGCAGCUCAACCUGCUGCAGUUAGAGGAGACUCAACGCUCUGCUGAGAGACAGGAGUGGACAGCGCCAUCUGUUGUACCGCAGGCAAGCUGCAGCAGUAGUGUGGAGAAAGCAGGAGGUGCAACCGGGCAAACCAAAACUGAAAAGGAUGUGCCACAGUAUGAAGGGGCACCUGUCGACGGUCAGCAUAGUGAUGCGUUCUCAUCAUCUAGUGACCUGCUGGAUAUUCUCCCAGAGGACUCUCGCUCGGGCACCGGCUCUGCCACCUCGGGCUCCAUGGGCUCUGGAUCUAACGGCUGUGGAACGUCUGCAAGCGGCGGAUCUGCCAGCAGAACUGGAAGCAGCAACAACAGCAGUAACUACUUCGGCAGUGUGGAUUCUUCCCAGAAAUCCCAUAAGGCCAAGGGGCAAGGCUCUGGCUCUGGGGCACUGACACUGGAUGGGAGUGAAACACUGAUCAAGUAUGCCCUGCAGGACCCACUGUGGCUGCUCAUGGCUAACGUGAAUGAAGAUGUUAUGAUGUCAUACCAGUUACCAUCUCGUGACAUCGAGAAGGUUCUGAGGGAGGACAGGGAGAAGUUGCGGCAGAUGCAGAAAAGUCAGCCGCGCUUUACAGAAGAGCAGAAGAGAGAGCUGGCGGAGGUGCAUCCCUGGAUGAGAAGAGGUGGGCUGCCCAAAGCCAUCGACGUCAAGGUGUGUGUCGGCUGUGAAGAGAUGAGUGAAACCCUGACAGAAGAGGAUCCACCAGAUCUGCACAUGGGAGAAACGGAAAGCAGUGAUGUCACGGUGCCUCCGGCCAAUAACAGUGAAGCCUCUACACACUCAGAAACACAUGGCUGUCCCGGUCCUGUCACUUGAACUGAACCCCUCUUUCCACCUGUGAAAAUACAAACCUCGUCUGAUCGGACAAAGCGAACAUUUUAGCAUAGAUAAAUGCUUCUGCCGCUGCCACAGACCUUCAUGAAGACUCGUUCUGUUGCUUGUUUGUGUGAGUGUGUACUGAAGUGUGAAUAAAUGAAUGAGUGAGAGAA